UCGGCCGCGUCCCCGGGGUGACGGAGGGAGCUGGCUGGGGAGCGGGCGCCGGGCCGGCCGCGGGGCGCCAUGGGCAAGAAGCACAAGAAGCACAAGUCCGACAAGCACCCGUAUGAAGAAUAUGUAGAAAAACCCUUAAAGCUGGUACUAAAAGUCGGAGGAAACGAAGUCACUGAACUCUCUACUGGAAGCUCAGGACAUGAUUCAAGCCUCUACGAAGACAAAACUGAACAUGAAAAACACAAAGACAGGAAAAGGAAAAAAAGAAAGAAAGGAGAAAAACAGAUUCCUGGAGAGGAAAAAGAAAAAAGAAAGAGAAAAGUAAAGGAAGAUAAAAAGAAGCGAGAUCGGGAACAUGCUGAAAGCGAGGGAGAAAGAGAACUGAAAUGUCAGACUCCUGUGAGACUGGAAUUGCCACCAGAGAAACCACUGGCGAGUAGUUUAGCAAAACAAGAAGAAGUGGAACAAACACCACUUCAAGAAGCUUUGAAUCAACUCGUUAGACAGCUGCAGAGAAAGGAUCCAAAUGCCUUCUUUUCAUUUCCUGUGACUGACUUUAUUGCUCCUGGCUACUCUAUGAUCAUUAAACACCCAAUGGAUUUUAGUACCAUGAAAGAGAAGAUCAAGAACAAUGGCUACCAGUCCAUAGAAGAAUUAAAGGACAACUUCAGAUUGAUGUGCACUAAUGCCAUGAUCUACAACAAACCAGAGACUAUUUAUUAUAAAGCUGCAAAGAAACUACUGCACUCAGGGAUGAAAAUACUUAGCCAGGAGAGAAUACAGAGCCUAAAACAGAGUAUCGAUUUCAUGGCAGACCUGCAGCAGAGCAGAAAGCAAAAAGAUAAGAUGGAAUUACAGGGAAAUGGUGAGGAUGACAAUCUUCUUGGGAAAGACGAAGACUCUAUGGAAGCUGACAUCAAAGCAUUCAAAACCCCCAACAAGGAGCAUAAAAAGAAAGACAAAGAUCUACUUGAAGAAAAAUUAAGGAAUAACAACUUAGAAAGGGAACAGGAGCAGAUUGAUCGUAUCAUUAGAGAAUCUGGAGGAAAGUUAACAAGAAGACUUGUGAACAGUCAGUGUGAGUUUGAAAGAAGAAAACCAGAUGGUACAACAACACUGGGACUUCUUAAUCCAUUUGACCCUAAUGCAGGAGAACCAGGUUACAGCCCUAUGAAGUUAGGUAUGACAGCUGGAAGACUACAGUCAGGAGUUAAUACGUUACAGGGGUUCAAAGAAGACAAAAGGAACAAAGUUACUCCAGUGGUAUACUUGAAUUAUGGGCCCUACAGUUCCUAUGCUCCAGCCUAUGACUCCACAUUUGCAAACAUCAGCAAGGAUGAUUCUGACUUAAUCUAUUCAACGUACGGGGAAGAUUCUAAUCCAGAGUGUUUCAGUAUUCAUGAUUUUUUGGCAAAGUCUCAAGACUACCCAUGUGUAAUGGCUGAUGGUUUGCUGGAUGUUUUAACUAAAGGAGGACAUUCUAGAUCUCUGAGAGAACUAGAAACGCCAAUGGUGGAUGCAGAAGGUCAGCAUGGGAGAAGUGAUACAAUAAAAGAUGUGGAGAUUAUAGAAACAGAUGCGGCCAACAAGUUGGACUCUAAUAACGAUAGGCUUACAGCACUGAAAGCAGUAACAAAUUUUGGAAUUCAUGUAGAGGAAUUUGACUCUGAAGAGGCUGAAAUCUUCCAGAAGAAACUUGAUGAAACCACAAAGUUACUCAGAGAGCUCCAAGAUGCUCAAAAUGAACGACUGAGUACAAAACCACCUCCCAAUAUGAUUUGUCUUUUGGGUCCAUCUUACAAAGAAAUGCAUCUGGCGGAGAGAGUGACCAAUAAUUUAAAAGAACUCGCGCAACAAGUGACUCCAGGGGACAUUGUAAGCACGUAUGGAAUCCGAAAAGCAAUGGGAAUUUCAGUGCCUGUACCUGACACUGAAGCCAGCUCUGUGGAUUUAACAGAUGACUGUCAGGAAUCUAAAAAGGCUGCCAGCUUCAGUGGAAAUGAAUCUGGUCCAAUUGCGAUUUGAAACGUCAGUUGUUUAAGUUAUAUAUUUCUAUUUGGUCCUAUUAAACUGCUAGAUUUAAAUUUUGUUCAGGAUGUAUUCACUGAACAUUUGUACAUUGUGAGUUAGAGGAAAUAUUUUGUCUAUUAAAUUUUGGAACUUAUUAAACUAAAUCAAAAGUCA